AUGGUGUCCAAGGUGCUGGCACUCCUGUUCUUCGUUCCUCUGCUCUCUGCAAGGGAACCUCACUUCAGCCAACCACCCUACCCUGGACCCCUGAGCAAAAACCUGCCGCCACCUUUCACCCCUUUGGAGUCGAGGAAGUCCAUGCAACUGCAGUCAUCAUCAUCGAAUGGAGGCCCACCUGUCCGCAGACUGGCCCGCCGUCUCCUGUCCUCCCCUCACCUCCUGGAGCCAAGGAAUCCGACCCCUGAGAGGUGCCAGUCGCCGCGCUGCCAGCCGCCCUCCCCUCGCCGGGAGCCGCGGCUGAACCAUCCUUCCCUCCAGCAGCCCAGGAGGGACAUGGCUGUGGGAGCACAGGCCUGUAAAAAGGACGAAUGCUUGGUCUGUAAAACUCCUUGUCAGACAGUUUUACUUUCAAAACACACCGACAGCAGCAUCCAGGCUUUCUUUAUGAACAUCAAUGGCCUGUGCGCAAAGUACUCGAAAGAGAUCUCCCAGAUUUCAGAGUUUCAAGAAAAACACAGGAAGAGAUUGUUAGCCUUUUACAGAGAAAAGAUCUCUAAGCUGGAAGAGUCCCUCCAGAAGACAAUGCUGCGGAUAGAGCAGCUGCAGAGUAUGAGAUCAUCACAGCAGACAGCUUUCAACACAGUCAGAAGCUCCAUGUCGACACCCUUAGCACAGCCCAGUGGACAUCACCUCUUCCCACCCAGUGCGUCGUCCUCAGAAAGAGUCGAGUCCAUGGAAGUUGAUGUCACCCCUUCCCCCAUGAGAAGACCUGAGGUAGCUGUGGGCCCAACGAGAAUGUCUUUGAUCAGUCCACCACAAGACGGGCGGAUGGCAUCCCAGAAACACCCAGACCACCGCAGUCUGGCACACUGA